ACUUCUGCUGGCAUUUGUUUCGCGCUCUGUUUGUCUUUACAAGUUCCUCUAAAGUUAUUGUGUGCAAAGCCCAACUUUGGAAAUCCGUGCAUUUCGUGUUUUGGUGCAGCUUAGCUAUGUCACAUAGCAAUAGAACGCGAAUGCAAUAAAUAUUCCUGCUGGUAAACAGAACAUGUUUUCAGAAAGAAGACUUUGAUUUUUGGGGGAUUUGAUCCAACUUUACCUCUACAAAACAGUCGCGAAAUAGAAGGUGAAGAGCAAAUAAAAAUGAGUUCUCCAGACGAGCAAGGUGCAGCGUCUCCGCGGCUCGAGGCUGUCAUCCAGAAGCUGGAGGAGUCUCUUCUCAGCCUGACGGGGCAAGGGGAUGCACCCACCUGCACCUCCACCUGCACCUCCACCUGCCCCUCCACCUCCACGCCGGUCUCCACACGCAUCCGCCAGAUCAUCACCCGCAACCUAGCCGAGCCUCCCACCGAUGCCAGGUUGCAGGAGGAGAACCGGGUUCUGCAGGAGGAGAACCGGGUUCUGCAGGAGCAGCUGACCCAGGGCCGGGCUGAGAGAGACCACCUGCAGACCAGACAGGCUGCACUCACAGACAGGCUGGAGCAGAUGCUAAGUCUGCAGCCCGGAGACUCGGACCAAGAGAGCGUGACCCCACAGCACCAACAGAGAGAGGAGCGCUCCUAUAGGCUGAAGCUGCAGGCCUAUCAGGAGGGCCAACAGAGACAGGCUCAGCUGGUGCAGAGGCUGCAGACCAAGGUGCUCCAGUACAAGAGGCGCUGUGGUGAGCUGGAGGAGCAGGUGCUGCAGAAGACCUCUGAGUCUGAGAAGAUGCGGCUGUCGCUACAGGCCCAGCUGGACUCAUUGGCCCACAGGCUCCAGAGGAGGGACCAGGACCUCAGCCAGGCAGUCCACAACAAGCAGCUGCUGGAGGAGGAGCAGAGGAGGUGUGCCGGGCUGGGCCGCGUGAACAGCCUGCUGAGGGAGCAGCUGGAACAGGCGGGCGCUGCCCAUCAAGCCCUGGAGGAGAGGCUGGAACAGGACAGGCAGGCCCUGGAGGAGAAGGACGCACGCCUGCGACGAGAACAGGAGACGAGUGCCUCGCGGCUAGGACGCGAGCAGGCCCGCGUCAGGGCCCUGUGGCGCCAGGCCGCCUCCCUCCGGAGCUGCUGCACCCAGCUGAGGGCCUUUGCUGACAGGAGUCUGUCGGAGGUGCGCGGGGAGUGUGUCAGCGCCAGACGACGACUGCAUGCUGCCUGUUUGAGUGUGGAGGCCAGCCAUGCACAGCACAGCGCCCCUGGUGCCCCGGAGGCCUCAGGGCUGGAGCUCCAGCUGAGAGACAAGCUGAAGGAGGCCAUGCAGCUGCAGGGACGCUGGGAUGCGGAAAAAGUAGAGCUCAACUCCAGGAUCCUGGAGCUGACUGACAUGGUGAAGCAUUUGAGAGCUCAGAACAGUCAGAAGGACUCCAGCCUGGCUGCCAUGGAAACCAGCCUGGACAGGAUGAAGGCGAGCAGGGUGGAGGACAGGGAGGAGAGGACCUGCCUGCGCUCUGAGGUGGAGACCCUCCAGCAGACCCUCCACAACAUCAACCAGUUGAUUUGUGGUGAAGGUUCCUCCCCCUCCUCCUCCCCCCCCUCCUCCCCCUCCUCCCCCUCCUCCUCCCCCCUGAGAAGCAGCACGCUGGCAGCUGUCCAGACAGUCCUCGCCCAGCACCACACCCAGACACAGGACCUGCAUGGGCGUCUGGCAGAGGCCCUGGAGGAGGUUGGCUCCCUCCGCUCCCAGCUGCUAGAGGCCGAGGAGGCCAGGGGGAGGCUGGAGGAGAGGCUGCAGGAGCAGAAGAGUGAGGCCCAGAGGCUGAAGACCUCCCUGGAGGAGAGCCUGAGAGACAGCCAGAGAUACCACACCACCCUGGACAUCCUGCACAGUGAGAAGGGCAGCCUGGAGCGGAGGCUGGCUGAGCUUCAGGGAGACGCGGAGGUGCGGGGUGCAGAGCUGGAGGAGGCGCGGGGAGCAGAGCUGGAGCUCCAGAGAGAGAGAGACCUGCUGAGGCAGCAGAGGCAGGACCUGGAGGAGGAGCUGGAUCUCCAGCGCAGCCAGGCCCAGAGAGGCCAGAGGAGCCUGGAGGUGCUGGAGGGAGAGCACUCAGAGCUGAGGAGAGACCUGGUGACCCUGAGGGAGGCUCUGGGUCAUGUGACCCUGCAGAAGGAGGUGCUGCAGGACGACAAGAGCAGCCUCACCCUGGCCCUCAGCAAGGUGGAAUCCCAGAAUGCCGAGUGGGAGCUGGACGUGGCCAGGCUGCAGAGCCAGGAGGCUGGCCUAAGAGACUCCCUGUCCAAGAUGGCCGCCCUGAGCGAGGGCCUGGCCAGCGACAAGGUGGAGCUCAACCGCCUCCUACUGCAGGCGGAGGGGGAAAAGGCGGAGCUUAGCGAGCGGCGCAGAGAGGCGGAGCUAGAACGGGCGUCGGCCAGGGAGGCGGGACUGCGUCUGCAGCAGGAGCUGGACGACCUGGGGGCGGAGCGCCGCGCGCUGGAGGAUUCCCACGGCAACCUGCUGCAGGAGCGCCAGAGGCUGCAGGAGGAGUUGCUGCUGCUGCAGAGACAGCAAGCCCAGACCCUGGAGCUGCAUGCACAGGUAAGCAGACAGCUGCAGGUGCAGGGUGAGCAGCUGGACCAGGCCAGCAGGGGGCAGGAGAGCCAGGCGGCGGCCCUGCAGAGAGCAUCCCUGGACGGGGAGCAGCUGACCAGAGAGAGGGCCCGCCUGGAGGUGCUGCUCCACGCCGCCCAGCGCAAGGCCGGCGGACUCACCCAGGAGCUGGCUGCUCUCAGGGCAGAGAAGGACUCCCUGGAGACAGCUCUGUUUGAGGGCCAGGAGGUGACCUCCUCUCUGGAGGGGGAGCGAGCUGGUCUGGAGGGGGAGAGACGCAGCCUGGUGCAGGCCAACGAGAUGCUGAUGCGUGAGGGGGGUGGACUGCGUGUGGAGCUCCAGAGGGUGGAGAGCAGGGCGGAGCAGGAGCGGGCCCAGCUGCAGGAGAGGCUGGCCCAGGUGGAGAGCAGCUCCCAGCAGGCCCUGGCUGCUCUGGAGCUCAAACACGCCCAGCAGCUGGAAGCUGCCCAGAGGGACAAGGAGCAGCAGGGCGCUGCCCAGGCCCAGCAGCAGCAGGUACACAGUGUGAGGUGUGAGGAGAGUGAGGCUCGACUGCAGCAGAGUCGCUCUCAGGCCCAGCAGCUGCAGGAGCAACUGAACGCAGCUCACAUCCUCUGCAGCACCAGCCUGCUGCAGGCAGAGACCAGCAAACAGCAGGCUCUGUCCCAGAAGGAAGAGGAGAUGGCAUCUCUGGCAGAGCGCCUGGCAACCUUGCAGCACGACCUAGCAACCAGUGCCAUGGAGACGGAGCGUGUACGAAGAGACGCCCAGAGCGCACAGGAGCGCGACAAAGACACUAUCUGCAGCCUGCAGUCGGAGCUGAGGGCUCUGCGCUGUGGGUUCGAGGAGAGCCUGAGCUCUCAGGAGAGAGAGCAGCGCAGCCUGGGAGAGCAGCUCAGAGAGACCAGCCAGCAGAGAGACCAGGCUCACCAGGAGGUGGGGGCUCUGCGGCGGGCGCUGGCGGGGGCGGAGGAGGCACGUGAGGCGGGGCGGCGGGGGCUGGUGGAGGCCCACAGGGAGCUGAGGAAGGGUGUCCAGGACAGGGAGCGGCAGGGGCAGGAAGCCCAGGACCUGCGCAGGCAGCUGGGGGACGAGUCCCGCCACAGCGAGGCCCUCCAGACCUCCACCCUGGAGCUCCGCGCCGCCGUCAGGAAGGCGGAGAGCGACAACAACAGCCUGCGUCGUGGUGUGGAGGAGCGGGAGCAGAGGCUGCAGGUGCUGGAGGAGGUCAGGAGCUCCCUGCAGCAGGAGGUCUGCUCCCUGAGGAGCACCAUGAGGGAGCUGGAGAAGUCCAGACUGCAGGCUCGCAGGCAGCUGCAGGAGCAGCGCAGACAGGUGAAGAGCCUGGAGGCGGAGAGCAGCCAGAGGAGCCAGGAGGAGAAGGAGCGGCAGGCCAGGGUAUCCCAGGAGGAGCAGAGGGAGGAGGAGGCACGACGAGAGGCCUUCGCCCUCAAGCAGAGGGUCCUGGAGGCAGAGGCUGGCAGAGAGGCAGCCCUCAAUGAGGCGGGGGGGCUGCAGCGGCGCAUGUCGGAGCUGGAGGAGGCGGAGCGUCAGGCGAGGGAGGCGCAGCGGGAGAGAGAGGCAGAGCUGCAGCAGAGUGAACAGAGGCAUCGCGAGCACGCCUCCCGGCUGCAGGAGGCGCUGGAGGACGGGCGGGCACGCCUGGAGGAGCUGACCCAGCGGGCCGGGCGAGCGGAGGGCCGGGCGCGGGGCCUAAAGGAGCAGCUGGGCCAGGCUGAUGGAGGCCGCAGGGACCUGGAGCACAGGCUGGCCGGGCUGGCCUCCGCCCUGCGACGCACUCUGGGCCUGGGACGGAGCCCCUCUCCCCGGAGGUCGCCAGGGAAGGGCGGGGAGGAUGAGUGUGGGGGCCUGGGGGGGGCCCGGUCCCCCGGGGGCCCCCAGGGAGAGCACAGGGAGCUGGACGUGGAGACGGUGCAGGGGGCUCUCCAGGACUUCCAGCAGGACCUGAGGGACACGCAGAGAGACAGGGAGGAAGCCAGGGCCCAGCUGUCCAGGGUGACCCAGAAGGUGUCAGACCUGCAGGCUGAGCAGGACCGCUCUGGCUCUGAGCUGCAGCUGCUCCAGAAGAAGCUCCUGGAGCAGGACCACGGGAAGAGGCAGGUGGAAGAGAGGCUGCAGGAAGCUCAGAGCAGCCUGUCCCUGCAGCAGGAAGUGACACGCCGUGGGGACAGAGACAGGAAGAGCCUUGGGGAGGAAAUUACCAAACUGAGGUCCAGUCUGCAGACAACCGAGGCUAACUGCACAACUCAACAGGAGAAGCUGGAGCGCCUGCAGGCUGCAGAGGCUCGCUGGCAGGCAGAGCGCCGGACACUACAGACCUCCCUGGAGGCGGCAGAGGGGCGCGCCUCCCGCCUGGAGCUCUCCCAGCGCACCCUGGAGGGGGAGCUGCACCGCGCCCGCCUGAGGGCCUCCGAGCUGGGGGCGGAGCUGGGGGUGGCACAGGAGAGGCUGGCGGAGCUGCGCAGGGCGCUGGGGGACAGCGAGGGCCGGGCGGCCGGGCUGAGGGGGGCGGAGGAGCGGGCGACGGCGGCGCUGGCACGGGCAGAGCUCCAGGUGAGCCAGCUCAGGGAACAGCUGCAGGGCUUGUCCUCCUCGCUCAGUGACAGCAGCAGUACCGCCGCCGCCCUGCAGGAGAGCAGCGCCGAGCUGACCCGGGCCCUGGCCGCCAGCGAGCAGGACCGCAGAGACAUGCAGGAACAUCUGGACCAGACGUGCGAGGCUCUCUCUGAGAGUAAGAGGCAGAGCCGUGCACUGACGGAGUGUGCUCAGUGCUUGCAGCGGGCCCAGGAGGACGCGGAGCUGAGGGCAUCUGAGCUGGAGAAGCAGAGCUGGACCCUGAGGGAGGCUCUGAAGCAGAGGCAGGAGGCAGAUCUGCAGACCCAGGCCGGCUCCCAGCAGCAGUUCCAGGAGAGGCUGGAAGCCCUACACAGCUCCCUGGCCCGGCUGCAGGGGGAGAAGGAGGGGCUGGAGGGGCUGCUGGCCUGCCUGACCCGGGACAAGGCCUCCCUCAGGAACACCCUGGAGAAGGUGGAGCUGGAGAGGUUGAGGAGGGAGGAGGAGGCAGUGCUGGGGUCCCGGGAGAGAGAGCAGCUGGAGCAGGAGCUGAGGGAGCGGGCCCUGGAGGUGACCAGCCUGCAGGCCCAGGUGUCCCAGCUGGAGCGUGCUCACUCACAGCGCCACCUGGAGGUGAGCACGCGUCACCGCCAGGAGCUGAUCCUGGAGGCGGAGCGGCUGAGAGGGAGCCAGCUGCAGGCGGAGCGUGCUCUGGAGGCCCGGGAGAGAGCCCACCACCAGAGGGUCCUCUGCCUGGAGGAGCAGGUGUUGACUCUGAAGGAACAGCUGGAUCAGGAGAUGAGGAGGAGGCAGGCCUACGUGAGCCAGAUGCUGUGACAUGAUUGGAUGAUUGUGACCAGGCCCCUAGACGAGCCUCCUGAUAGGCUGACACUGUGACCAAAACCUCAUGAAUGGAAAACAUGCCAUGUUUUGUCCAUGAGUGUUUUUUUACUUGCGUGAAAACGCAAAGAAUCAUGGGUAGAAAAUGUGAUUUGACCAAACUCAGAAAUCCUCAGUUUAGAUUUUCAGGUCUCACUCUGCAGGCCUGUUUUACUUUAUAAUAAUACUAUAUCAUUUACAUUUACAUUGUCAUUUAGCAGACGCUCUUAUCCAGAGCGACUUACAGUAAGUACAGGGACAUUCUCCCAGAGGCAUGUAGGGUGAAGUGCCUUGCCCAAGGACACAACGUCAUUUGA